CUUUUGAGUAGUUCGGAAGCAUGUUUGCUAGAAUUCUUCUUCAAAAUGGCACCGUCUUGCAGCAUGAUGCGGAAGACAAUGUUAUCGCUCUUAGAAACACCGACAUCCUGAUUGAGGGCGACCGCAUUGUUAACAUCGGCCAUGGUCUUCAAAGCGAAAAUGUCUCCAUGAUUGCUUGCGAUGGAAAGAUUAUAGCGCCCGGCUUCAUCAACGCCCACCACCAUGUCUGGCAGAGCCAACUCAAGGGUAGACUUGGUGACUCUACAAUGCUGGACUACAUGCUUGAGGCCAAUCUUCAAAGCUUCAACUUCACACCAGACGAUAUCUUCUGGGGUCAAUUAGCUGGCUGUCUUGAAGCCCUUGACGCUGGAACGACCUGCGUGGUGGACAAUGCACACGGUGCCUCUGGCCCUGAACACGGUCCAGCAGCUCUGAGCGCUACUUUGGUGUCUGGAGUUAGAUCUAUUUUCUGUCAUGGAGUCAUGCCGUUACGCGCUACUGAAUGGACAGACUCUUCGUUUGAGCUUGAUCGCUCUCCUCAACCUGAUUGGUUGCUGCCCCAGAUGGAUUCUCUUGCUUCCAAGGCGCCGUUUGGAGUCGACAAGAGAGUCCAAUUGGGCUUCUUCUUUGACAGUUACUUCUUGCCCGAGAAUGUCAUUUCUGAGACGUUGAGCCGUGUGAAAGAGGCUGGAGUCAAGCUGAUUACAAGCCACUACAGACACUGGCCAGUUUCCAAGGGUCAAUCUCGAGUUCCGGAGCAGCUUCAAGCAUGCGGUCUUCUUGGGCCCGAUAUUCUUCUCACGCACGGCAAUGGAACAACGCCUGAACAAGCGUCCCUGCUCACUUCAGCCGGAACCUACAUCGUCUCUACCCCCGACGCCGAAAUCUUCAUGGCAUCAGGCGCAGAUCCUGUAGCUUUUAGAGAAGACCUCCCCUUGACGUGUCUUGGCGCUGACUGCCAUUCGUGCGGCCCAGCCAGCAUGAUGCACCAGAUGCAAAUGGCACUAGCAAGUGACCGAGGAAUGCAAAACUCAAAGACUUUUGCGGAAGGCCACUAUCCCAAGAAGAUGAGGGCUACGGUGCAGGAAGCGUUUAAUCGAGCUACCAUCAAAGCAGCUCGUGCGAUCAAAAUGGAUACGGACAUAGGGUCUAUUGCAGUUGGAAAGUUGGCGGACUUGGUUAUUUUUGACACGACUUCUCCUUCUAUUAUCUGUGCAGCUGAGCAUGAUCCUUUAACGGCUAUUGUUCGUCACGCUGGAGUGAGAGAGAUCGAGACUGUUAUUAUUGGUGGUAACAUACGGAAACAAAACGGUAGCUUGAAGAAUGUGCACUUGGCGGAGGGUCGAGAAGCUGGCUUCGAUUUUAAGCAUGAGGCAGUUGAAGCGAAGGACGGAUUAUCGUGGAAAGAAGUUGCAAAGGAGUUGUCGAGGAGUCGAGGUGAGAUCCAGGGAAAAAUCAACAAGGUCAACAAAGAUCUAGCAAAAGAGAAGCUCAUUGGAAUGAUGGGCGGGUUACAGGACAUAUUGGUUGACUAAUAGAUCUUCUCUCUAGAACACCUCCUUGUAUUAUUAUUCAUGUAGAAGCAGUUUAUUCUACUUCCC